AUGCGUUUUGAUUCUGCUACUUGCUUGGGAGCCGCCGACCACGAAACGGAGGCCAUCUUCAUUAACUCCAGCAAGGCUUUCGAUGAGGUGUUGAACGGACGGUUGCUGGAGAAGCUGAAGGCUCACGGUGUUGGAGACCCACUGCUACCCCGGGUCGAGGAGUUCCUCGUCCGGCAGACGAUUACCCGAAGCGUUCCCCAGAGUGAGUCGCGUCGCCAUCCAGUCCCCAGUGAGGUACCACAUAGUUCUGUUCUAAACACGGUAGUGUUUCUUUUGUUUGUCGAUGACUUUCCCUCCCAGUUAAACUCACCUUUUCUGCUCUAA